UUGAUCUCUUCCACGCUCGCAUGUGCCGAGAUCUCUCUCCUCCCUCAGACAUUCACACACUGCCAAUUUAGCUCAUCUCACUACUCCAUCCUCUUCCUUCCUUGAAACAGAGUUGAAAACCAAACUAUAAUAUCACUCCCGCAUUAACAGCUUUCCCGAUCUGACCCCCCCAACCUCUGAAAAAACGUCGUGCUUCGUUCUCUGCUCCAAUGGCGGUGGCCGUGCGCGGAAGCAGAGCGGGAUCCGGCUUCGGCGGCUUCAGCCUCCGGAGCUUCUUCUCGUAUCGGAUCUUUGUAUCGGCUAUGUUUUCUCUUCUCUUCAUUGCUACUCUCUCUGUUCUCCUCACUACAAACCCCUCUACUCCUCACCACGACUCUGCACUUCCAACUACUGGAAACACGUACAUGCGUAGAUCGUUUCUAGCUUUAAAUUCUGACCCGCUGAAAACCAGAUUAGAUUUGAUAUACAAGCAAGCAAAUGAUCAUGUCACUCUUGUCAAUGCUUACGCAGCUUAUGCCAGGAAGCUUAAGCUUGAGAUAUCUAGGCAAAUGAGAAUGUUUGAUGAUUUGGCGUUUGGUUUCUCUGAUCUUCAAAUGAAACCUAGUUACCGGACUAGUUUGUUUGAAUCAGAUGGUCCAGUAGAUGAGGAUGUUUUGAGGCAGUUCGAAAAGGAGGUGAAGGAUAAGGUUAAAACUGCCCGGUUAAUGAUCACUGAGUCAAAGGAGAAUUAUGAUAAUCAGCUCAAGAUUCAGAAGCUGAAAGAUACAAUUUUUGCUGUUAAUGAGUUGCUUAUAAAGGCAAAGAAGAACGGGGCAUUUGCGAGCACAAUUGCGGCAAGGUCAAUUCCCAAAAGUUUGCAUUGUCUGGCCAUGAGGCUGGUUGAAGAGAGAAUUUCACAUCCAGAGAAGUACAAGGAGGAAGAAUCAAGCCCUGAGUUUGAGGACCCAACUUUGUACCAUUAUGCAAUUUUUUCGGAUAACGUAAUUGCUGUUUCCGUUGUGAUCCGAUCUGUGGUGAGUAAUGCAGUUGAACCGUGGAAACAUGUAUUCCAUGUUGUUACAGAUAGAAUGAAUCUUGCGCCAAUGAAGGUUUGGUUUAAGAUGAGGCCAGUGGAACGGGGUGCUUAUGUGGAGGUGAAGGUGAUAGAAGAUUUUACUUUCUUAAAUUCCUCAUAUGUGCCAAGUUUGCAGGGGCUUGGUACCAUGGAGACAUCUAAAAGGAAUAGGAACCCGUACUCAUCACUAUUGCAUGAGCUUCGGUUUUAUAUGCCCGAAAUGUAUCCAAAACUAAACAAGAUUCUCUUAUUGGAUGAUGAUGUCGUGGUUCAAAAAGACUUGACAGGAUUAUGGAAUAUUGAUUUGGAUGGGAAGGUAAAUGGAGCAGUUGAGACCUGCUUUGGGUCCUUCCGUCGAUAUGCUCAGUACUUGAACUUUUCACACCCACUAAUUAGAGAGAGGUACAAUCCCAGGUCUUGUGCUUGGGCAUAUGGAAUGAACAUAUUUGAUCUUGAUGCUUGGAGGCAAGAAGGUUGCACAGAGCAGUACCAUAGCUGGCAGAACUUGAAUGAGAACCAGACUCUGUACAAGUCAGGGACUACUGCAGCAGGGCUGAUUACCUUCUACACGACAACAAAGUCCCUGGACAAAUCUUGGCACGUGCUCGGGCUGGGGUACAACCCCAGUAUCAGCAUGGAUGAGAUUAACAAUGCAGCAGUCAUUCAUUACAAUGGACAUAUGAAACCUUGGCUGGACAUUGCCAUGAACCAGUACAAGAAUCUCUGGACUAAAUAUAUGGACAAUGGUAUGGAAUUUGUUCAGAUGUGCAAUUUUGGCUUAUAGACUGAUAUAACCAUAAACUUUACUGCUUCACCUCGACCAUAAGCGAGCCGCAGCUAGCUAUAUAUCGUCAACCUCUCUUUACUUAUCUAGACACAAGUUUUGAAAUCCCUCAGUAGUUGCUGCCACCCUCAGAGCAAAGCUCGGUGAAAUGAUGUGUUUCUUGUUCUGGACAAGGCCAUCUCAUGGCAUCUCUUUAAUGUUGUAUGUGUUAUUAAUGUCAGUCAUGAGUUGUAAGAACAGAGUGAUAUUGGGAAUGUACACUUAGCAAUGAUUCUUUGCUGUAUAUGUGAUUUACAGAUAGAUUCAGGCUAGAGGAUGGUUCUGCUCUCCAUCUAGUUUCA